AAUAGACCAAAUCGGUCUCAUUUACUUCCGGUCUGCCACGUGAUUUGAAUUGGGUAAACAAACACAAACAUGGUGACGAUAGCGACUGAUGUUAACUGGACGAAAACCUUAGAAAACCUCCMUAAAAUAACAUCUUUAGCCAUCAACACACAUCUAAAAAAAUGUGGAAAAGAAAAUGUGGGCCCCAAAGGCUAUAAAUACUUCGUCGAAAAUUAUAUUAGGGACGUUUAUGUCGGAAAAAGUGGAAACGAUGCCAGUAACACAAGUAGUGUUUACGUGAAAGGAAAGUCAAGGAGAAGUCAAAAAAAGAGCGAUGACCCUCACGCUAUUCAACUUGAACUAAAUAARGACGGUCAAGUUGCUAGAGCACAAUGUUCCUGUAAAGCUGGCUCUGGUGGACACUGUAACCAUGUGUUUGCUAUGUUAUAUUUGCUGGUUCAUUGGACAUUACUUGGUGUACGUGAGAUUGCUGCUGACAAGACAUGCACUAGUCUUCCUCAAGAAUGGCAUAAACCUCGACGUGAUGACAUAGAGGCACAGCCAGUUAUGAAAUGUGUUUUUGCAAAGUCUAGUAAAGACCGGGAUGACACAAGAAAGCGGAAACCAGUGGCGUGUAAUUUGUAUGAUGCUACAAAAAAAGCUAAGAUCAGUACCACAGUAGUAACACAAGUUUGUGAGAAAUUAGGAAAUGAAAGCAAAGUCCCUCCUUUUUUAACUCGGAGAUUGCGUCAGCAAUCGUAG